AACAGCCCCCGCGCGCGCCCGACUCGCCGGCCAAUCGCGAGAGCGGUUGCUUCCACACCACCGCGUGAGGAGAGGAGCCAAUAGGGAGCCGCGAUAUUGAGUGGGACCGCUGUUGUGGUGACAGUUGAGCUCGCCGCGGUUUUUUUUUUCUGUUGUUCUUCCCACGCCUCCUGCCGCCUCAGGACCGGCUCGGCUUCCGACGGUCCCGGCUCGGGAUGGUCAGUGCGGUUAUGACUUAAGCGGGUGGGGAGGAGGAAGUGAAGGGAGAGGCCGGCGCGGCUUAGUGGAGAAGGGCCGUUAAACCCCGCCUCCCUCGCAGGGAAGGCAACCGUCAUGCAGAUUUGUUUAUUCCUAUGUUAAUUUAUGCAAGUGAAAGCCCAGGUUGGCGUCAUAGUUUAGGUCAGCCUUCUCAAUUUUGGAGUCCCCAGGAGUAGCUGGACUACAACUCCCAAUCCCUGACCAUUGCCCCUGCUCGCUAGGGAUGCUGAGAGUUAUAGUCCAAAGAUGUCUGGUCUAGGUCCUUGUGAUGGACUCGAGGGUUGUCCCCUCCUUUUUUGUUUGUUGAUGGAGGGGGGUGGUGAACAUCUCGAGGUGCUUGUUUUUUCGGAGGCUGUGCUGAGGGUCAGCCUCUCCCAAAGGUAGCAAAUCCAUCUGGGCCGCUGCACCAGUAGGGACAGCUCCUGGUGGCCUUCAAAUUCAUUACUAUAAUGGUUUUCUGUCUAUAUUUAAAUCCCUGUGCAUAGAAAUGUAUGAUGUAAGGGAGAAGCCUACCUGCUCUCUCAUAAGCAAACUUCCUAAGUGGAGCGAGGUGUUGAUGGCGGCGGGGGGGGGGGGGAGUUGCUUUAGUUUUGGCAUGAAGCAGCAUUCAUCUCUGUAAUCCAGAUGUGGGAAGCCUUUGCGGGGGCAGAUGUUGCUGAGCUACAACUGCCAUCAGCCCCAGCAAGCAUGGUCAACGGUCAGGGGUGGUGGGAGUUGUAGCUCAGCAACAGCUGGAGGGCCAAAGGCUUCUACACCCCUAUAAUCCAGCAUAGGCACUUGGUAGCAAGACAGUUGAAGCAGUUUGACCAUUUCAGUUAGAAACAGGAUUGAUGUACUGGGUGGUGGGGAAUCCCCCAACCUGUGGAUGACAGCCAAACUACCCACAGUCAGCAUAGGACUGCAUCCAUGUUAUCUGAAGGGUCACCUACACUUGUGUGAGGCUGUCCAAGCUUUAUUAUCAGCAUCAGAGGUUCUGCCCUCUGGCCUGCCAGCAAAAGCUGUCAGGCUGGUGGGUGCUAAGGAUACAGUUUCUUCAGUGGUAGCCCCACACUUUGGAACUACCUGUCCAGGGAAAUAUGUAUGGCUUCAAAGUGUGUUCGUUGCAUUUCUGCCAAGGCGCCCAGGGCUGUUUACAAUUUUAAAAUAAAUGGGGUAGGGUAUUCAACUGGAAAGCCCCUGAUGUUUUCUUUGCCAGCCCCCUCUUGGCUGGUCUUACGUAAAUGGUCUUCAGAGCUGUUGUUCUUUUAAAGCCUGCAUUUAACUGAAUUCUGCUGUGCUUGAUUAAAUCUUCAGCUGCUUCUGGUUUCUCUCCCUUUUUGCGUGGAUGGAUGGGGGAAGUAUAUUUUAAUGUGUUUUAGAGUCAUGUAAGCUGCCUUGUGAAGGCCAGAUGCCUUGAAAGGCAGGUUAAAAUACUUUAAAUAAACACUGCCCCUUUGGACUGCUGUCCUAAAUACACUUUGAGCCCAGUGAGACUUAAUUUUGAGCAAGCUUGCAUGGAAUUGUACUGUGAAAACCUAUUUAACUGUUAUGGCUUCUCCCGAACAGUUUUGCAUUCCUGACACUUAAUAAGUAAAUAGUGAUUUAUAAUGUUCAGUAGAAGCAACACUCACCUUGAUGAUCCUUACAACAACAACAACCAAACAUAACAGUUUACUUAGGCUGUUUAUGGAAGAACCAAGAUUUCACCAGGAGUUUCUAGUUCACCCUUAGUCAUUCAUGUACUCUUGGAAAUCAUAAUCUUUGUAAUUCUUCUGUGCUGUAAAUAGCCAGGUUUUAAAGCGUUGCCCUUAAAUGUAGGAAAUCAAUCUUUAAUUUCCUGUUGAGGAAUGAGAGACACUACUUGGCAUUUGUCUACCUCAACCUCACCUUAUCUCAAAUGGGGUAGAACAAGAAUUCCAUGCUUUGAGCUCCUUUCAGGGAAGACAGUACACAAAUGUGAUCAUUUGUUUGGAAUUCUGAAAUAUUCAUUCAUUCAUUUGGUUGACUAAUGUCUCCUAAAUGUUCAGGAAGAUUAAAAUCAUGUACUUGUGUUUUAAUGUUAUCUUUUUCUUUUUUCUUUUUGGUCUUUGAUAUAUGUUUUAAGGCCUCCAGCUACAAGAAAGCACCAGUGGGGGCUCCACCUCAGAGGAAGAAGGCAGCUCCCAAGACUGAGCUCACUGAAGAGCAGAAACAGGAGAUUCGGGAGGCCUUUGAUCUGUUUGAUACUGAUGGCACUGGGAACAUUGAUGUGAAAGAGUUGAAGGCAAGCAGAAAAACAUGACUGAAAUGUGUCUUAAGAUUGUAAUCAUAAGGCCCAUUGAGCCAGCGGAGCUUACUUCUAAGUAAACAUAUAGAGGAUUAUACUUUGUGGAGCUGACUUUAGCCCAGUGUUUCCCAAACCUGGGUCUCCAGCUGUUAUUGGACUACGACUCCCAUCAUCCCUGACCACUGGUCCUGCUAGCUAGGGAUGAUGGGAGUUGUAGUCUACACACAGCUGGAGACCCAAGUUUGGGAAACACUGCUUUAGCCAAUGAGAGCUGUAGUCCAAAACAUCUGGAAGGUACCAGGUUGUUGAAGUCUGAACUAAAGUGAUAGGGUGGCUACUGGAGAAGGGUAGUGUCAUUCUAUUCCAUUGUUCUUCAUUAUACUGCUUUUGUCUACUCCAUCCUACUUUUGCCUGUGGCUUUAUUUGUAUUGGGAAAAUACCCAAGAGGUGAUAUUUCAAUGAGGGAAUCUAAAAGGACUGGAAUAAACAGGAGAUAAAGAGUAUAAGGUUAACCUUUCCCCCUGAAUGACAAAUUCAGCAGCUAAAGUAAAUACAGCCUGAAAAACUCAGUGGCGUCCAGAUUUGUCUUAGAACGGCCUUGUUGUUCAGAUUUCAUUUAAUGGAGUCAAGUGUCUUUGUUACAGACAUGUGCCUUUACAAAUUUUCAUCCAAUCUUUAUACCAUGGGUAUACAAAGGAUUACUUCUUGUUAGGAGCUACAGGAGGAUACUUCCAUCUUCAACCUUUCAACAGUACAAAAUAGAAUACUUGGAAGUAUUGUAAUCUCUGUGAUUCCUGAUGGCAGAAGAUACUGCUAGUGUCACUGUGCUGGCAUUGUCUUUACUCAAUCCAGGAGUCUCUCCUAUUAUUGAGACUUCCACUUCCACUUUGUGUGACCUCAUCCCUGUCUCCAAUACGAGGUUAUUUUCCCUUGGGAGACUGGGAUGGAAUAUCAGGAAGCAGAGAGAAUCAGGCUUCUGGGGCAAGCACAGGGCUCCUUGGCCAUCGUUACCAUUCAUAAUCUCAUUUCUCAUAGGAAGAUUUCAGCUUUUAAGAGAGCAGAGAUGUUAAAAAAGAGCACAGGUUUCUAGAUUUUCUAGACUUGAUUGUUAUCUUGGAAGAUGAAGAUUCUUUGUGUGAGGCUUUGGGUUUCCUGGCCUGGAAUCUAUUUGCAUUGUUAGUGUUGUUGCCAUUGAGAAAAAAUAUCCUUAGUUUGCCAGGAAUUGCCUCUCUCUAUCUUAUCUGGAGGUAAAAAAACAGCAAAUAAUUUUGUUCUAGUUUUUGAGUGGUAUUGGGUUGUUUGCUUAUCCAAUGAAGAGUUGCAUGAGCUGAUUUGCCUUCUCUCCAGACUUUUGGAGGAGUACAUUGUUAUAAUGCCAGUUCAGAUGACCCAGUAUGCUCCAUUCCCAGUUCCAUUCCUACCUUAUGUAGCAGUGGAUAUUCUCAGUAUUGACCACUAAGUAUGUUAACAGCAAGGGAGCUCUGUCAAAGUUACACCAUUAAGACAAAUUUACUUUCCUUUCCUACCCAUAGUCUUGACACUAGUACAUCUCAAAGUCUGCUGACAAGAAUGCAAAUAUAUAGUCUUUGUCUCAGAUGCAGAAAUUCUGCUUCUAUGGUGUACAGUUGAGGUAUUUACUAUUCCUUUUCCUGCUGAGAUGCCAGUCUGUUUCCAUUGUUUGCAGGUUGCCAUGAGAGCACUCGGGUUUGAACCUAAGAAAGAUGAGAUCAAGAAAAUGAUCUUAGACAUUGACAAGGAAGGAACUGGAAAGAUUACUUACCAUGACUUCUUAGGAGUGAUGACCCAGAAAAUGGUAGGUUGAUCUAAACAGCUGCCACAAAAUCUGGCCGUUUUCUGAAGUCUAUGAGGGAGGGCUAAAGGGACCUUGUUAUGAUAUUUGCAUCUGUGUGUGCUAAAAUUGUGAUGGAAGUGAGACUCUGUCCUGUUGUAAGGCACCAAUUCUGGGGUGUGUGGGAGAUACACAUUUGCUUACAUCAAUUGCUUUUAAGGUGACUGGGAAAGCCACAUAGAUGUCAGUCUCUGGCCUUUAUUGAUUGGAUAGCAGUGGUUGGAUUCUUUGAAAUAAAAUAAAAGUCCUCUUACAGAGGUCUAUUCAUUCACCACAACCAAAUGAGGAUAGAGCGUGCCCUAAAAGGAUGUAGUACUCUCUCUCUCUUAUUUGUUAAACCUUGCAUCUGCAGUAAUGUGGCUAUAUAAUUAUACCCAGAAUUUUGGUGGCAGUUCUUUAAUUUACUUUUUGUUAUAUUUAUAUAUAUUUCUUACACGGGUAGAAAAGUUAUAGCAGUUUGCCAUUUCAAUAGCUGGUUGUUUUCAUGUGUAACAAACAAAUGUCUGAAAUGUUACUAUUUUACUUAUCUUUAUCAAAAAAAUAAGGCUGAAAAAGAUUCAAAAGAAGAGAUUCUGAAAGCCUUCAAGCUGUUUGAUGAUGACGAAACUGGCAAAAUCUCUUUCAAAAACCUCAAACGUGUGGCCAAAGAACUGGGGGAGAAUCUUACAGACGAGGAGCUACAGGUUUGGACUGUGUGUCUGUUUGCAUGCAUGCUUAAGCCACUCAAUGGAAUGAUUUAGCAAGCUUGCAUUUACUAAGAGUGCUCUGAAUCACCUGCAUUCAAAUUCUGUAGCCUGUCAAGCAUCACAAAUUUGUACUUAAGUUGGAGCUAAAUGGAACCUUCGCUUUCAAUGGUAGUACGUUUCUUAAAACCUGCAGGCAGGCAACAGUAGGGGAAGGGCUAUCACAUUCAUGUCCUUUUUGUAGGUUUCAUGGGAACACCUGAUUUGCUGCUUUGGGGAAAUUGAACUGGAUGGACCUUGUUCUGAUCCAGGAGUGGUCUUCUUAUGAUGUUAAUAUUUGAAAUAGGUGGGGUGCUGCUUUCCCCAUCAGCUCUUGCAAUACUUUGGGGACUUUCAAAAUAAUUGUUACAGUUACCUGCAACAAGCAGUCUGAGGAAUUCCCCUGGCACGACUGAUUCACCUAAGUAGAGUAUUCAACACCUUGUCUACCUAAAAGGAAGAGGGACAUGUCCUUUUUAUUGAGAGCCUUUGUGGUAUAGCAGUUAGUUAGUGUUGGACUUUGACUGGGGAAACCCACUCAUUCACAAAGCUUACAGUGUGAUUUUCAUCCAGUCAUUGUCUUGAAGACUAAAGCAUAUGAAGAUUUUUUUUGAGGGGUGUGUGGGAUAUGUCCUUGAAAGAAGGUUGGCAUAAAAAUCUGAUAAGGAUGUCACUUUUUGUACUGACCCAAUCCUGUGCCUUUAACAACAGCCUGACAUGCUGAAAAUAACUGAUGAAUAUUUUCCCACUAUCACCAUGUCAGGAAAAACUACCUGUUUAAUCUCCAUGUUUUAUGCUGCUGUUAAAAGGAUAAGUGUUGAACCAAUGCAUAUGAUGGAAACCCUAUUUACAAAUUAUUAUUAUUAUUAGGAAUAAAUGGGUUUUUUGCUUUCAAGAGAAAGAAACUAUAGUGUUCUGCAACUACUGGUAUUGGUGAAGUUCAGCUUAUUUGUAAAUGAACUGAAGUUGAUUAUGAUUAAUGUAGUGAAGUUUGUCUAACAAUUUAUUCAAGAUGCUACACUCCCAGGCAAACUGUCAAGUGUUCUAAAGGGAUCUCCCCAAACUGAAUGCCUAGGAUGCUUAGGUAACAGUAUGUUAGAUGAAAAGCUGCUGGUGAACAAACUGAUGUAUUUUGAGGCAGAAUGAGUGCCAAAGGCAAAAGUGUAUUUUCAGUCCCCUUUGGAAACCUAUUGCAAGAAGAAGAUGCCUCUUCCUUCCCUUCCACAACCAUCAUUUAACUCACUGGGUUUGGCCUUUGAUUCUUUGUCAUGUUUCAGGAAAUGAUUGAUGAAGCUGAUCGGGAUGGAGAUGGAGAGGUCAAUGAGCAAGAGUUCUUACGAAUCAUGAAGAAGACCAGCCUUUACUGAGAUGCUUGGCAUCUUGUGUGUGCGGUUUUUGUUUUGUUUUUUAAUCUCAUCAUGGUUUUGUUACCUGAGUUUGACCUCCGUGGUGCUUGUUCUGGAAGGGAUCAGCAGCAGCCCAAAUCUCACUAGCUUUGUGAGAUACCCCUCACAUUUUUUAUGCUCAUGGCCUUCUCUAUUGACUCCAUCACCACCAUCUCCUAAUGUUGUGCUUCAGAUCCAUCUUUUAUAUUUCCAACAGUAAUGUGAAGUGGCUUCCUUGGUUGAGCUGCCUUUUGAAGGAGGUUGUGUACUUGCACACUGGACUUACAUGCAAGGAAGUAUUUUUUUAUUUUAUUUUUGGCAGAGACAAUUUAGGUAUUCUCAGAAACAAGGAUGUUUCUUUUUAAAAACUUGUUUUAAUUAUCUGAAGCUUGCAUUGUAUGGCUCUUGGUACUUGCCAAAGUGAAAAGAUGCCAAAGAGUGGAUAGCUCCAGUUCUGCUUCUGCACCUACUCCACAUUGGUCGUUCCCUGCCUUCUAGGAGGUGACUUGAUUCUGGAUGUUGAGGUUAAAAUGCAGUGCCUGCAGUAUUUAAGCCUUGAUUUAAAAUAAAACAGUGUACUUACUUAUUAGCCUUUACACUUUUUCAAAAAGCAUUGAAUGUAAAAUUGGUGUGUUUUGAAUCCCUGAAUUGGCUGGAAAGAGCCUGUAACAGUUCUUCCAAAUGCUUAUGGUUUGUGCUGCUGAAAUUUAAAAGAUGACAUAAAAUAGUUCAUGACAGCGAA